AUGAAAUACUACUGUGCUGUUUUUAUACUGUGUGUUGCCAUAGAGCUUGUGCAAACAAUUGAGGUACGGACACCUUUUUUCAAAAAUAGCAGUAUAGACUACGAGAAAUACUUUCUAGACAACGUGUGUUCUGAGCACGUGAGUGUUAUGGAAGACAGCAAUAGCAAAAAGCAAGGGUCUGAGGAAGAAAUAGAUGCCUCCACAGAAGACUCAGAAUACGAAGAAGAGUACGAAGACGAUUCUGACAGUUUUAUUUUUUCCAGAAAAGAUAACACAGAAGAAGAAAGCGAGAGCGAAGAACAGCAGAAAAGCAUAGAAAGCAGUAAAUACACGGAGUACAAGAGAGCGGCAAUAGAAAAAAUGCAAAUGACAAAAAAAGGGUCUCUAAAGAUCUACAGAAGCCCUGCAAACUAUUUCUGGAGAAGCGAAAGAUACCACUACUUCGGCUCUUGCCAUGCAGCAUUCCUUAGCGACAGCUCGCUCAUUAGAUCCAGCGAUUUGAAAAGCAAUGAUGUACAAAAAAAAGAUUUCAACUUCAUCAGAAUCAUCCUCAAUGACAACAGAAUAGCUCGCUUUAACCACAGACCGGAGGAGCAGCUGAGUAAGAUAAAUGAGAUAGUCUCGAGAUACUUCAGUGUUUUGUUUUUCAACUCAGCAGAGCGCCAGAAGAAAGAAGAGCUAGAAAAUAUUUUUGUAGUAGACUCAGAAGUGUACGCGUAUGAAAAGAAAGACAUCGAACAACUACAGCAGUCUGAAGAUUUUAUUGAGUUCAAGGGAAACUCUAGGAUAAAGAACGCCUGCUACUCUGAGUAUGUGAUGUAUUACGAAAAGUCGUACAAACUGGUGCUGGAGAAUGGCCGGGAGAUGGAGGAGUUUAUCAACCAUCUUUCAGAGAUGAAAUGUUUCUGCGAGCUCGUAGAAAUAUCCAUUGACCACCUGGUUAUCAAUAACUACUCGUCCUUCUCUGAGUACAACUACAGAAGAAAUGAUACGAUGGACCGAGGCCCUCUCGUUGAUGUUCUAUUUUAUCUGGCCACCAUAGUCCCAAAGAAAAUAACGAUAAACCACUCAAAAGAAGUCCCAAAAGACAGCGAAUCCAAGCCGCCUGCUGCCAUAAAAAACAGCAAUAAAAAAAAGGACAUGUGGUCAGCGUACGGCACAGAGAAUAUUUUCUUUGACUUCGAUGGAAUCGAAAUAACAGGGUUCAAUUCUGGGAGUAUUUCUGAAUGGUUUGACUACAUUAAAAGUCUCGGCGUGCGGAAGAUCAAAAUGUUUUCCAUCAAAGAUCUCUCUGUGAUCUCAGAAGACUUUAUCAACUGCAUCACAAAGGGCAUUGAAAUAGAGAACAUCGAGCUGGUAGACUGUGUGCUAUCCAGCCGUAUCCAGGAGCUGCAAAACAGACUGGAAAACUCAAACAUCGAAGUGUUCAUACCAGGGAAAGAACAGACACUUACUGUGCAAUACUCGGUUGAAAACGCCUUGCUGUGCAGUGAGCCCAUGCUUUCUUUUAUUUUUGCCUUUAUUUCCAAACUGGAACAGAUUUCUGGUAAUUCGUUUGAUGUGGUGCUGUGCAACAACUCUAUUCUAAGAAUGGGAGACUACAUUUGCAAAAACAAAAACAAAAACAUCAGCUGCAAAAGACUGGUGCUUAAUUUUGCACACAGAGAAAAAGACAGAACGCUUCGGGAAAUCCAAGAAAAGCUGGUCUACUAUCUACUGAACGAUAGCACAGUAGAGCUAAAUGCCAACAAGAUAGAGCUGGUGAUAACAGAAGAUAGUGAAAUAAACAGCGCAGAAAUAGCAGAGUUUGUGGAUGAUCUGCUGCUCUUUCUUCCAAUGAUAUUCAACUUUGAUAGAAACUCCAUUGAAAUAUGUGAAAAAAUAAAGGGAAAGGAGACCGGAAGAUAUAGCUCAGUGCUGAUCGAGAAAAAUAAAACACUGGUCAGCAUCUACAAAAAUUACAUCCAGAAGCUGUUUAAGAAUAACAGAGAAGCUGGCAGAGAUGAAAGUAAAAAAGACAACCGCUAUAUAGAAUUCAUUAAAUCGCACAAAACAGAACUCCCGACAGAGAACAACCUACUUGAGAAGAUAAAAGUGCUGAAGUGUGAAAUGAUAACGGCUGUGACUCCCUUCUUCUUAUUCCACAAGCAAGGAAACGAGAACAUAUACAUGGAUCAAGACAAGAUAGACAACUAUGUAGGAAAGAUACUGACCAACCGGUGGGCGAUGGGAGAAACAAAGAGCACGAAGGAUGAAGAUACGUCCUACAUGAACUGGAUUGUAUACAUAGACUCUCUUCUAAACAACCAUAAAAAGUACUUUGAAGAUAUUCAGGUCUUCAUUAUGGCCCUGCAUGAGAAAAUGAAAAAGAGAGAUUUUGAAAUAGAAAGCAUAGACAGUUUCUCCCUAGAAAACUACAUCAGAGACAACGCAGAGAUAAAAGAGCCCAGUAUACACAACAUUUCAGAGAACUACAGACAGAUAAAAUCCUGCAUUGAAAUAGAUGCCAUAAAAAAGCCAAUAAAGGAGCUUGUGGAAAAGAGCAAUAUAAACCACACAGCGAUAGUGAUAAAAGUGAGCGAUACAAACUUCUUAAAACUGUCCAAACUGAACAAGUUUUUAUACUCUGCGAUUGAAAAGGUCGUGCAGAGCAUAACACUUCCUGUUUUUGACCCAACUCCAGGCCUCUCUGCACUAAAUAGCUAA